GACACGAAGGGCUGCUGUUCUCACAUCCACAUAUAUAAUAUUCCGAAACGGGUCUUGCAAGCCACGUAAACGCCGAGGCUGGUGCCCGAAAAAUUCCUACGGGAAGAAAACCUGGGGGUAAAACAGAGAGAGAGAGAGAGAGAGAGAGAGAGGGAAAUGACCGAGAAAUUUCAACCGACUCUCUCCCUAAUUCCAAUAGAGGGCCAAAACGGGUCGCGAGAUUUGAUACGAUAUCCUCCGAUAUCUCCCAUCCUCUCGCCCCUUUAAUCGCCAGAAACCCUCCCCUAAUCUGAGGUUUUUGCCCAUCUUCGCUUCUUGGUUCGAUUCCCCGGUUGUCCGGCCGAAGUGGGCCGGAAUACGCUUGGAAAUCUCGUUUUCUUGAACAUUUCUUUGCCGGAGCUGCCGAUACCCCUUUCUUCUUUGUAAUUCAGGUCGGAAAUUUCGUCUUGGUAGGGUUCCUUUUGAUGCAUUAUUAGAAGUUUUGAAUGAGCUGGAAACUCGUUAAUUAGGGUUUGGUUUAUGAGACCUUUUUUUUCUAAAAAAAUUUAUCUUUAUACGGUUUUGGUUGGUGGAUUGUCGGUUUUCUGGGUGUUGAAGGGUACUUUUCUGUCUUUUUCUUUCAUAAGAUUACGAUAACUCUUGUUUGACUAGGUGGUAUUUGAAUUUUUGAUACGGUUCUUUAAUAUGUAGUUGAGAGAUUGUUUGAUGGCAUUCAUUGAUGGGUCGAUAUCGCUUUAUUGAUGGAUCCAAUGGCUUUUGAGAAUUAUUGAUGACCUUUCUUCUUAUCUAAAUUUUUAGCGUGUUCUUGAGAAUUAUUUUGAUUUGUUCUACAGGUGCUUGCUGUGGAAAUGAAAACUGUUAGCAGAUAUUGUGGUAGUGGGUAAUAAGUGAUGUAAUAGACUUCCAUAUUUAAAGCUUCGGCACCUGAAUAGUUAAUGUAGGUCGGCAUGGUUUAUUCACUGAAGGUUUUUAUUUUGCAUGUUGCAAGUCUUAUUAGUUUGUGUUUAGAUUAACCCUAUGAGGAAGAAUAUUAUUUUCUGUGUUAUCUUGUUAAGAGAACUAUUUCUGUGUUUCCUUGUAGCAAUAUGAUCUUGCUUAGCUAGUGUUUCUGAAUGAAAAUUUAGUAAGCUUAAGUCCGUCUUUCACAAUGACAUGUUGUGUUUCUUCACAAAACCGCAGCUUUGUCACAUUUAAGAAGGCGUGAAAUAACUUAGGAAUUUGACUUCAAAGUACAUUGGCCUUACUCUUGCAGAGUAGUCGACUACCAUCCCUGGCCUCUUCAGGUGCAUAGGCACUUAUAAAGUUUAUAUAAAAUAGUAUGUCUACAAUGUGCUAGAUCAGGUCGGAUUGACUCCACUUGAAUUGCUAUUCAUAGAAGAAGAAAACAACAGAAAAAAGAAUUUUCUCUUUUAAGAUGCAUAGUUUGCUUGAUGGAAUUCUUUAGAAGUGGUCGUCUCAAAUUUCAGAGCAUCUCUGUCUAUCGUUAAGGUGAAGUGGUAGAAUCAUUUACUGUGGCUAGUAUUGUUACUGAGUUUUGUAUGAGACAAAUGUUAACUUCUCAGAAAAAGGAAACCGAAGCAUAGGAAAUUGGCUUAUUGCUACUUUUCUGUGCUAUCUUUUGCUUCAUAUUUAUUGUUGGAUGUCAAUGGCUAUUCCUCCUCUGGAACCAUAUGGUGAAGGUCAAACCGACAGACAUCCUUUGCUGAUGGAUCAACCAGCUAAAGUUAAUGAAGAUGAGCUCAUAAUUGAUAUAUCAAGGGGUGGUGCUGCUUCUACAUCACACUCUCAUGGAUAUGACCAAAACGACUCAGGUGAAUUGCAUUAUGAAGAUAGGCCUUCAACAAGCACACCAGCUCUGGUCUUCCAACCAUCUUCAGUUUCACCUACUUCAUCUGAUUCUAGGGAUGCGCCAUUGACCAGAAGAAGUGAUAAUUAUGGUCGCCAUCAUGGAAGCCUUCUGAAUUCUGGUUUGUGGAUUUCGAUUGAGCUUGUUGUUAAUGUGAGACAAAUUAUAGCAGCUAUUAUAGUUAUCUUUUUGUCAAGACGUGAACAUCCAAAAACUCCAUUAUUUGCAUGUAUCAUAGGUUGUACAGCAGGCUGUAUUGCCACUCUUCCUUAUCUUUGUUGGUGCUACAUUCAUUCCAACAGUCAGGUCUCUGAGCAAGAUUGAUAUCACUCACUUCGAAGUUCUUCUCAUAAUAACUCUCCUGAGUCUACUUCUUACACAUCCAUUUCUCCUACACAAGCCUCAGAAGGCAAAAACGAUCAUAGCAAUGGUCCUAUCUCUCACCUAGGGCAAAGCAUCAUAACUACGAGUCUGCGGAUUAAUGCUCUAGUUGACCAUUUCAAGAUGGCCUUAGACUGCUUCUUUGCUCUGUGGUUUGUUGUUGGAAAUGUGUGGAUAUUUGGUGGGCGCUCAUCUUCUCAAGAUGCUCCUAACUUGUACAGGUUAUGUAAAGUUUUCCUUAUGUUCAGCUGUAUUGGGUAUGCUCUGCCUUUCAUUCUGUGUGCAAUGAUAUGCUGUUGCUUGCCUUGCAUUAUAUCUAUCAUGGGCUUUAGAGAGGAAAUAAGCCACAACCGAGGUGCUACCUCAGAAUCAAUUACUGCGCUACCAACCUACAAGUUCAAAUCAACGCAACCUCAAAAUGGAGAAGAGAGUGAAAUUAAAUCAGACAGCCAAGGCGAUGGUGGGAUCUUGGCUGCUGGUACUGACAAGGAACACAUGAUUUCUGCUGAGGAUGCUGUUUGUUGUAUCUGCCUGGCAAAUUAUGUAAAUAAUGAUGAGCUCCGUGAGCUUCCAUGUGCCCACUAUUUCCACAUGGAAUGUGUGGAUAAAUGGCUCAAGACAAAUGCAUUGUGCCCCCUAUGCAAGUCUGAAGUAAGGAGCACCGCAGGCUCUUCAGGCACGAACUCCGGGCGUUGUCACAGUGACAGGAGGGUGGGGAAUGGUGCUUUGCUACAGCAAGAAAUAUGGUAGAUGAUUCUAUUUUAUGAUUGAUAGGUCUUUCCAAUAGGCAGUAUCAGAUUGGAAAUUCUUAUUUGCAAGCCUGUACCAUACAUCGAUGCAUGCAUCGAAGGAUAUGUGGUGAAUGGAUUCUGGUGCUAGCUACAACAUUUAUCAUCAAUUGCUUUGGGAGUGGUUGUGGCUGUUACAUCUAUAGAUGUCGGUGAAUGUUUUUCACAGGUCAUGAGAUAGAACGGUGCUGAAUUGGUGCUCUGUUUAUACAAGAUGAUUUUAUGACCUAUAUUCUGGAAUAGCUUUAGUAAGAUCGACCAACAUUUUCAUUCUGAAAUCACAAAUUACAGUUGGUUGUUGGUUUAAUCCUUUUUGAAGACAGCUAUGGCUUUCUAAGCAUCAAGAAAUGGUUGUGGAAAUGAUGACAGCAAAUCAAAAAUGCAUGGAGAGAAAAUGACUGGUUAAUUAUAUAUCAAUAUUACUCCAAGUUGUCUCUUUGGGGGGUGGGGGGUGGGGGGGCACACGUGGUGCUUCUGUUGUAAUCUAAAGAAUGGAUGUCAGGGCACUGGAGAAUCAGCAUAAUUUGAUACCUACCUUGUCGCUGAAGUUGUAAGGUGGUGAUAUUGUGCUUCAACUUUUCAAGCAUGGAAUUAGAGAGAUGGUAUGGUUGUAAUUUCUGUGCAGCCACCUUCGAAUAUAUGACCAUUAUGAUGCUGAAGCUGUUGAGAUUUGCAUUAAUUGAAGAGUAUGUUAUUCUAUCAAGGGGAACCCUCCCUCCAAAUCUCAGAUUGCUUUAAUAUUUACUGGAAACACAAUACCGAGUAUGUUAUUCUUUCAAAUAUUUUCAACUCUCUACCAAGGGCAAUGACGUUGUUGUAUGUGCUGAAAGCGUAACAAUCAAAAUGACGGAAAAACUGUAAGAUAUAAUGAAUGAUUUGUAGUUUGAUUGCGUUCAGAGUUGAUAUAUAUCAGAUCGAGGAUUUGGCAUGAAUGAAAGAGGGUGCUAGUGAAAGUCACUUAGCUUGACCACUGCAUCAUCCACGCAAAAGUUCUGCAUGUCAUGGAUCAGAUAUGAAUGCCAGACAUCAGUAGCAUUAGCAAAUAAUCAUCGGUAAUCUCAAUCCUGAUAAGCUUGUAACUAUGACCUUUCUGCUGCUGCUGCUGCUGCGAGUGCCUUUGGUUGAUUGCUUUGGACUCCGUCCUACUUCAUUUCCAUUGUGGAUGGAAGGAUGAAUUCUUAGUUUUCUUCUUUCUUGUAUACAGUGGUUCUCUUUCUGCUUCAGACCUGCUCCCGAGAGUAUUUAAGGUUGUUUGGGAUUUCAUUCAUCGUCCUUUUCACAUCUUUUAUUUGAAAGUUUCAUCACUCAUCGGUAAUCUUUAAUUGAUAUUAAAGAUUGCCUUAUCCAGCGAUGCUAUAUGAGUUGAUUAUAACAUAACGUCGCUGCGCCAUGGUGUACUCAUCAUCCCUAUACCGACAUUUCCAGCUGGUUGAAUUUUCUUUUCCAUUUGUUUUUACUCGUUCCAUGCUUCAAAACUAUAUGGAACACAGACUGGGGAGAUGAAAAAUGAUUGAUAGUUUCAGCUUACUCCGCUUGUAUCUCUGCUAAUGGGAAUGGAUUCACCUUGUCAGCUGUGGCGAGUAUAUCCUUGGUCCUCUGUCACUUAUUCCAGGUUAAGUGAAAAAAGUGGCUUAGUUACCUUUUUGAAGUGCGGAGUUUACUCUUAGAAUAGAUAAAUUAACUUUUGAUGUUCUUAUAUUUUGACAAGGAGAAUGUUUUGACAAUGAUUGAAAACA